GGGCCGGCGCUGGGCAUGCUCAGUAGCAGCGGCGCGUCGGGCUGCUGCUGGAGCGACACUGCCGGGCUCCGGGGUGGCGCGGGUCCCCGCGCUGUCACCUCCGCGGCUGCGGGGCUUCCCAAAGGCCGAGCAUUCGCUGCCACUGAGCACCUCGCCCCCGCCCGCUCCCGUGCCCCUCACCCACCUCCUCCUACUCUUCCUCCUCUCCCCCUCUCUCAGGGAGAGGAAGCUGGUGGUGCUUUCUGUCGGCGCCACGGACUGGCCGCCCUGCAAACCCCCUCGGAGGACCCUGCCAACGAAUUCCGGAGACCAGAGGACCCUUGGCAGUGGCUGGUUCACUCAGCACUUUGCCUGAAGUGGGGUCGUGGCGGAGUUUCUCCUCCACCUCUCAAUGCAAACACCAUGCGGAGAGCAGCCGGCUUCCCUGCGCUGUGCCUGCUCCUUAAUCUUCUCGCUGCAGGGUGUUUUUCAGGACAUAAUGAUCACUUUUUGACAAUUCACCACAGGAAGAAUGGGAAGCCACUAUUCAUCUAUCACCAAUCACAAGACCUUGAGAAGAGCCUGGAUAUUGCCCCUCAAAAGAUAUAUAAACAUAGAUACCAUUCCUCUUCUGAAACUCAGAUAAGCAAAACCCAGCAAAUAGUUAACUCAGCAUUUCCUAGAACUGCAUAUGACCCAUCUCUCAAUCUGUUGGCUAUGGCUGGUCAAGAUCUUGAAGUGGAAAAUCUUCCAAUUCCAGCAGCAAAUGUAAUCGUGGUGACCCUGCAGAUGGAUGUAAACAAACUGAACAUAACCUUGCUUCGGAUAUUCCGCCAAGGAGUGGCUGCAGCUUUAGGAAUCUUACCUCAGCAAGUGCACAUAAAUCGCCUGAUUGAAAAGAAGAACAGUGUUGAACUAUUUGUGUCUCCCAUAAACCGAAAAACAGGAAUUUCUGACACUCUGCCAGCUGAGGAAGUAUUGCAUUCACUGAACAUCAAUGUUUUGCACCAAAGUUUAUCCCAAUUUGGAAUUACAGAAGUCUCCCCCGAGAAAAAUGUUUUACAAGGGCAGCAUGAAGCGGACAGAAUCUGGAGCAAAGAAGGAUUUUAUGCUGUUGUCAUUUUUCUCAGCAUCUUUGUUAUUAUAGUAACAUGUUUGAUGAUUCUUUACAGACUAAAAGAAAGGCUUCAGCUUUCUUUGAGACAAGACAAAGAGAAAAACCAGGAGAUCCACCUGUCACCCAUCAUCCUACAGCCAGCACAGCCUGAGGCAAAGACAGGCCACAGUAUGGUCCAGCCUGAUCAAGUGCCCAAGGUGCUGAACGUUGUUGUAGACCCUCAAGGCCGAUGCACUCCUGAGAUCAAAGCUACCACCUCUACCUCUGUCUGUCCUUCUCCUUUCAAAAUGAAGCCCAUAGGACUUCAGGAGAGACGAGGCUCCAAUGUAUCUCUUACAUUGGACAUGAGUAGUUUGGGGAAUGUUGAACCCUUUGUAUCCAUACCAACUCCACGGGAGAAGGUUGCCAUGGAGUACCUGCAGUCAGCCAGCAGAAUUCUCACAAGGUCACAGCUGAGGGAAGUUGUGGCAAGUUCACACUUACUCCAAAGUGAAUUCAUGGAAAUACCAAUGAAUUUUGUGGAUCCCAAAGAAAUUGACAUUCCUCGUCAUGGAACAAAAAAUCGCUAUAAGACCAUUUUGCCAAAUCCACUCAGCAGAGUAUGUUUAAGACCAAAAAAUGUAACUGAUUCAUUGAGCACCUACAUCAAUGCUAAUUACAUCAGGGGUUACAGCGGCAAGGAGAAAGCAUUCAUUGCCACACAAGGCCCCAUGAUCAACACCGUGAAUGACUUCUGGCAGAUGGUUUGGCAAGAAGACAGCCCUGUCAUUGUUAUGAUCACAAAACUCAAAGAAAAAAAUGAGAAAUGUGUGCUGUACUGGCCAGAAAAGAGAGGAAUAUAUGGGAAAGUUGAAGUUCUGGUUAUCAGUGUAAACGAAUGUGAAAACUACACCAUUCGAAACCUUGUUUUAAAGCAAGGAAGUCACACCCAACAUGUGAAGCAUUACUGGUACACCUCAUGGCCAGAUCACAAGACUCCAGACAGUGCUCAGCCCCUUCUACAGCUCAUGCUGGAUGUGGAAAAAGACAGACUUGCUUCUGAGGGCCGAGGGCCUGUUGUUGUCCACUGCAGUGCAGGGAUUGGUAGAACGGGGUGUUUUAUUGCUACAUCCAUUGGCUGUCAGCAGUUGAAAGAAGAAGGAGUUGUGGAUGCGCUGAACGUUGUCUGCCAGCUUCGUGUAGACAGGGGUGGAAUGGUUCAAACCAGUGAGCAGUAUGAAUUUGUGCACCAUGCUCUGUGCCUCUAUGAGAGCAAACUUUCAGCAGAAAUUGUCCAGUGAUUCACUGAAGACUUACCAGAUCAUCAGUCUCUUGGGGCGAUUAAUCAAUUACUCCUUUGAGGCUUCUUGAAGAAGCUUCCUGCAAUGGAAGGAAAGAGGAGCUCUAAAGCUUACCUGUGGCAUGGAUUGUGGACAGCUUGGCAACAUAUGCAAGAUUGCCAGCCCUUGUGUAUAAGAGAGCAUUCGUAAGCAUCCCCUAAAUUAUUCAGAAGGUCCUAUGCCGAUGAGGUAUGAUAGAUUUCUCACACAGCAUAAGGUGGAUUUCCUUUUGUCUAUAUAUUGACUAUCUGCCACCCAAAAUGUAUGCGUGUAAUAUCCGUUGAUAACUGUCAUCAGGUGAUGACUGGAAGAGCUGCUGAAGAAACCAUUAUUGUGUGUUUAGAUGCUUUAAUGUUUGCAGAGUCUGUCUUGUGAAUGGACUGGCAGCUGUUCACCUGUCCUGUGUUAAGUGCUAUUACCUGUCUCAGUUAACAGAACCUUGCUGCUAACAAUUGCAAGUGACUGAUAAUAGAUUUUUAACAAAUAAGUUUUUGUUUUUGAAAAAAAUCAAAAGCAGUAACUAUUUUAUAUGGAAAUGUGUCUUGAUAAUAUUAUCUAUUAAAUGUGUAUUUAUAGUACCUCCUAUCAAUCAAUUACAGAGCACAAUGAUUGUCAAUGGAUAUAUAUGUAUUACUCUUAUUAGGCAUAGAGACGCUCCCACUCUGGAACUCUACCCACUAUAUUUCUACAUUGUGACUUGUUUUACUUCAGAAAAGGAAAAAAUUUGUAACAACUAUGAAGUGUCAUGAAUUUUAAAUACUGGUCUCUCUUUGCUAAGGAGGGAUCUUUGAAUAUGCUACCUACCAGGAAUCCUUCUCCCACUGAAAGGCUGAUGCCCUUGGGGUUGAUGCAACCUGUUCCCUUUCCAGAGGUUCUUCCUAAGAACACUCCCUCAUAUGUCCUUACAUUUCUGAAAGGUUUCAUCCUCAAGAGACAAAGUUCAAAUAACUACACUCAGCAAACACCUAGAUGUUCUGCUCAACUAUGAAUUUUUAAUGCAACAAUGUUGACUUUGUUUCAUACUGCCAAUAAACUGCU